AUGAGCAUCAUUAAAGAUCUUCUGAACGUUCGCUCGGAUCUGAAAGUGAUCCUGAUGAGUGCUACUCUGAACGCAGAGAAGUUCUCAGAGGAUUUUGGAGCUAACAGUUCUGGUUUCAGCUGGGGAAAUUUUGCAGAGUCAGUGAGAAGGAAAGGGGGAAAAACUGCAAGGACGAUGCCGGGAACGCCUGGGAAUGUGUCACAGAAUGGAACGAGCUUCCUCCCUGAAAAUCCCAGCAGCAUGGACAAGCCUGGCGAGCAGAGAACUUUGAAUGCCUUCCUCUUCUGCUCGACUUUGAUCCUUGCAUCCACAGCGCUGCUGGGCAGCCUCUAUUCCCUAGUUUGCCUGCUGAAAAUGCAAAGCAAAAGCACGGUGUCGAUGAUCGUCACCUCGCUGGCCAUAGACGACUUGAUCAGCAUCGUGCCAGUGAUUGUGUUCAUGCUCACUCAGUGGUCCAGUGAUGUCCUCCCCCAGCCUCUCUGCACCACCUCAGCCCUUAUAUAUUUGUUCCAGGGCGUUUCCAGCAACCUGAAAGGGUCUCUUAUAGUUUCUUACAACUUCUACACCAUCAACAAAUCUGAGCAGAGGAGCUGCAGCAGUUCCGAGCGACGGGUGAGCAUGGCCCAGGCCGUUCUUACCAUCUGGAUUCUCAGUCUGCUGAUCUGCAUUCUGCCUCUCUGUGGCUGGGGCAGCUACAUCCCCACCUCCUGGGGCUGCUUCACUGACUGUGCCAGUUCCUACAUCUUGUUUUUAUUUACUGUCUACUCGCUGUGCUUCUGCCUCCUGACGGUGCUGUCUGUGCCUCUGACUUACCAGCUGCUGUGCUCGGAUGAGCAACAGCUGCUGCACCUCGACUACCAGGAAAUCUCUCGAGGCUGCAUCACCCCAGGGACUCCUGCAGCCUGCAGCUCUGCUACCCCGUCUCUGUCACUGCUGGACCCUAUGGAGCAAACCCUGAGGCAUUUCCCAAGCCCAUGUGCAGGCUCGGAGGCAGUUUGUAGGAAAGGUGUGGCUGAGAGCAGGGCGCUGGAGCCUCCCUGCCUGAGGAGCGUGCAGAGCAGGAGCUUCACUGUGGGCUUUGCCCAGAAACGGUUCUCGCUGAUUCUUGCCUUGACAAAAGUCAUUCUUUGGCUCCCAAUGAUGAUCCAAAUGGUCGUCCAGCACAUCACGGGUUUCCAAAGCCUCUCCUUCGAGACACUCAGCUUCCUGCUGACCCUGCUGGCUACCACCCUCACCCCGGUCUUUGUCCUGUCGGAGCACUGGAUCCACCUGCCCUGUGGCUGCAUCAUUAACUGCAGGGGGAAUUCCUAUGCGGCGUCUUCAGAAGAGCUCAAAACCAAACGCAGGGCGUUCGAAUUCAACCUGUCCUUCCGGCAAGGCUACGACAUCUAUAGGAUCUCCCGCGGAAACCACCGCCGCGAUGCUGAUGCUGGAUCUGCCUCCCACCACAGCCUGCUGAGCUGCGGCGGCAACAGCUCCAGGGCAGCUGGGCGAGGGAGCUGCUCUGCGCCCGCUGCCGGCAGCAGGGCGGCGGAGGAGCGCUCGCAGGGCGGCCCCGCGGCCUUCAGCACCACGGCGCUGGACAGCGACCCCGCGGCCCGGCAGCCUCCGGAGCGCAGCCAGAGCGGGCGCGGGGAGGGCGCCGAGAGGAGACUGUCCCACGAGGAGAGCCCCCAGCCGCAGCUCUCCGACUGGGAGUGGUGCCGGAGCAAGUCCGAGAGGACCCCGCGGCAGCGGGCAGGCGGCACCUUGGCCAUCCCUCUGUGCGCAUUCCAAGGCACUGUGUCUCUCCAGGCACCCACGGGAAAAACCCUCUCCCUCUCCACCUAUGAGGUAAGCACUGAAGGGCACAAAAUCACUCCCACCUCCAAGAAAAUCGAAGUCUAUCGCUCCAAAAGCGUCGGGCACGAACCAGACCCGGAGGAGUCUCCUCAGACCUUUGCUGACACCAGCGUGAAAAUUCACCUGGAGGUGCUUGAAAUCUGUGACAACGAAGAGGCCCUGGACACUGUGUCAAUCAUCAGUAACAUCAGCCAGUCCUCCACCCAGGUAAGGUCUCCAUCCUUACGGUACUCACGGAAGGAAAACAGGUUUGUCUCCUGUGAUCUGGGGGAAUCUGCCUCCUACUCCCUCUUCAUUCCCUCCAACAACCCCGACAGCGACAUCAACAUCUCCAUCCCAGACACUGUGGAAGCUCACCGGCAGAACAGCAAGAAGCAGCGUGUGGAAGGGGCUGGGGGUGGGUAUCAGGAGGAGAUCCAAGUGCUGAAUAAAGCCUACAGACAGCGGGAGGAAGGUGGCGACAGCAGUUAAAGAGCCUUUGUUGUAGGCUGCUCACCCUGAUCUGAGGGACAUUGCUCCUUUUGUUCUUCAGUUCUUUCCAGUGGGGUGGUGAGACACUGGCACAGAUCGAAGAUCACAUUCUGUGCUUCUGUGCCCCACAACCUCCCUGGAGGUGUUCAGGACCGGGUUGGAUGAGGCCUUGAGCGACCUGUUCUAGUGGGAGGUGUCCCUGCCUAUGGCAGCGAGUUGGAACUGACUGAGCUUUGAGGUCCCUUCCAACCUAACCCAUUCUGUGACUCUCUGGUUUAGUGGUGCUCUGACAGUGCUGAGGUGAAGGUUGGACUUGAUGCUCCUCUUGACUCAAGGUUCCCUAACAUUUGCUUUAUUUGGGUGCACUGUUAAGUAGAUCAAAGCUUUGACUGGCACGUGGAUGGGGUGACAAACACUGAAGUGCUUUACAGCUUUGCCUCGUGAGUUUCAAGUGAUUUCUAGAUCUGUUUAUUUGAGGACCAUGUGUGUCUAAAAGGGGUCCUAAAUAAAGUCUGAA